AUGAUAACAAAGCCUAUAGUUGGUUUGCCACCAAGUUUAGGCUUACAGAUGCUUAAGCAACAGAGCCUCUGUGCAUCAGGUUCUCCAAUUACUCUCUCCGUUCUUUGUAUCCACUGUUGUAUCUGCGUGGCUAUUCCUGAAUGGCUGCCCCGUAAGGCCAUUGGUUUACGGACUCCCCAAGUUGUCCAACCAACUUACCUUCCAAUACACUUCCACCAUACACCUCGCGCCUCCUCCCAACACCCAAUCUCCGUCACUAGCCGCCCAUCAACCAUCGCCACCAGUAACAACCACUUAAUCCAAUCCCUCUGCAAAAAGGGCAACCUUAAACUAGCUCUUCAAGUCCUUGCUCACGAGCCCAACCCCACCCAGCACACUUACGAACUUUUAAUAAUCUCUUGUGCCGACCAAAGCUCUCUGUCCGAUGCCCAAACCGUUCACAACAAACUUAUCGGUGAUGGGUUCGAGCAAGAUUCUUUUUUGGCCACUAAACUCAUCAACAUGUACUGUGAAUUGGAUUGUAUGGAUCAUGCACGCCAGGUGUUUGAUAAAAUCUACAAUAGAACCAUAUAUGUUUGGAACGCACUCUUUCGGGCUUUAACCUUAAAGGGUCAUGGUGAAGAGGUGUUAAAUUUGUAUCGGAGAAUGAAUCAAACUGGAAUCGCAUCUGAUAGAUUUACGUAUACUUACGUGCUCAAGGCUUGUGUUGCUUCAAAGUCGUUUGUCUCGUUGCUUCAAGAGGGAAAGGAAAUUCAUGCCCAUAUUUUACGACAUGGGUAUGAGAGUUAUGUUCAUAUUAUGACUACUUUGGUGGAUGUGUAUGCAAGAUUUGGAUGUGUAGAGUAUGCAAGUUAUGUAUUUAAUAACAUGCCCGUGAAAAAUGUGGUUUCAUGGAGCGCUAUGAUUGCAUGCUAUGCAAAAAAUGGGAGGCCGUUUGAAGCAUUGGAGGUUUUUCGUGAAAUGAUGCUUGAGACCCAUGAUUUAUUGCCUAACUCGGUGACAAUGGUUAGUGUGCUUCAAGCUUGUGCGGCACUUGCUGCUCUUGAGCAAGGGAAGUUGAUACAUGGGUAUAUACUUAGGAAAGGUCUUGAUUCGAUUUUGCCUGUUAUUAGUACCCUUGUAACCAUGUAUGCAAGAUGUGGUGAUCUUGAAUUGGGGAGGCGCAUUUUUUGUCAAAUGUAUAAGAGAGAUGUUGUGUCUUGGAAUUCCAUGAUUUCGAGCUAUGGAAUUCAUGGGUUUGGAGCAAAAGCCAUUAAAGUUUUUAAAGAAAUGGUGUACCAUGGAGUCUCACCAAGUCCCAUAUCAUUUGUUAGUCUUUUGGGAGCUUGUAGCCAUGCAGGACUUGUUGAGGAGGAAUAUGGGAUAUACCCAAGUGUAGAGCAUUAUGCUUGUAUGGUUGAUCUUCUUGGCCGAGCCAAUCGACUAGAUGAAGCAGCUAAGAUUAUAGAAGGUAUGCGGAUUGAACCAGGACCUAAAGUUUGGGGUUCUCUUCUUGGAUCAUGUAGGAUUCAUUGCAAUGUCGAGCUUGCGGACAGGGCAAGCAGGAGGCUUUUUGAGCUUGAACCUGUAAAUGCUGGGAACUACGUACUUUUGGCCGACAUCUAUGCAGAAGCUAAGAUGUGGGAUGAUGUAAAAAGAGUGAAGAAACUUUUAGAGGCCCGGGGACUGCAGAAGGUACCCGGUUGCAGUUGGAUUGAAGUUAAAAGGAAAAUUUACUCACUCACAUCAGUUGACGAGUUAAACCCGCAGAUUGAACAAAUCCAUGCAUUAUUGCUGAAACUUUCAAUGGAGAUGAAAGAGAAAGGUUAUGUUCCUGAAACAAAAGUUGUGCUCUAUGAUCUUGAUACAGAGGAGAAAGAACGAAUUUUAUUGGGCCACAGUGAAAAACUUGCAGUUGCCUUCGGAUUGAUUAAUAGCAAUAAAAGGGAUGCUAUCAGGAUCACCAAGAACUUAAGAUUAUGCGAAGAUUGUCACACUUUUACAAAGUUCAUUUCAAAGUUUGCAGGUCGAGAAAUUUUAGUUCGGGAUGUGAAUCGCUUCCACCAUUUCAAAAAUGGGGUUUGUUCUUGUGAGGAUUACUGGUAACCUCGUAGCAAUAUUCUCAUCCUCAUUUUUUUGCCAUAAUUUUGUCCUGUGUACAGUCAACGUAGCUCUAUGAGUAAUCAUCUUACCAUCA